ACAAUACUCGUUGAACAAUAUCGAAAAACAUUAGAGGUCCCGUAUGACCAUCCAUGGAUUGCUGCACGUCUAUCCGCAAACCGCACACCUCCUACCCACGACUACAGGCCGUCAAAUUUACACCGUCUCGUUCGCUGGCUCAUCUCUCACAAUGGUGCAUCUUUCUGACGCCAUGUCCAUAUAUUUCGACUUUGCAGCAAAUCUAAACCGAUCGACCACUGCAGAUUCUCGCGAGACUUUUGACCCUGUCAAUACAACUGAGCGCUCAACGUCCUAUUCCACAAGAAAUGGCACAACCAUGGAAAAUUGCCUGCUUAAUUCGGUCCGAGCAAACGUAUGGUCUCCGAUCUGGCGCCAAGGAUUCGAUCCAUCGACCGAUUUAGAGCUCUGGCCACUCUCUGUCUUUGAGCGUCUUGAUCCCUAUACUGCCUUCAAUGGAGAGCGCGUCAUAAAGACUCGCUCCCACUUUGACGCUGAGGUAGCAAAGGAGCUACUGAUCAACACCACAAUAUCUGCGCUGGCGCUUGGGCAGAACUUCGAGAACGUCAACGGGACUGUCUUUCGGUCUGUCAACGUCUACAUCUUCCAAGACAAGCUCGCUUUCUUUCUCCCCUAUGCACUGUCAAUUGGGCUUGCUAUCCCCAUCAUCGCACUGGGUCUUGUAGCAUUCUUCGUUCACAACCAAGGCGUAUCAGCCAUCACCGGCGGCUUCUUCCAGCUCCUCAUGACAACGACAGGACGCACACUGCUUGAGAAGCAGAUCGUAGGCGCUGCGACGUUAGGAGGGCACGAGAACGUGACCGCGGGGCUGAGGACCGCAGAGAUCACGUUCGGGGAGCUGAUUCAGGUUGAUGACGUGCUGCCGAAUGGCGUCCUCGCGGAACAAAAUCAACUCGAAACGACGGCGGAGCAAACGAGUAGCUCGGACACAACGCUUCUUGACGGUUUGGAUGUUGGGGUAGAUGCUGAGAAGAACGAAUCUCGGGGGCGAAGAGCAGGGUUCGGGCUUGCGCAGGAGGUCAAGCGGGUCAGAAGGAGGAUCGUCUAAUGCAGAUCUAUCUUUGAGAUGUCUCUGCUUUUCGUAUUCUGCUAGGAUGCUCAGGGAGUACUGUCUAGAAGGACUGACAGUCGUACUAAUGAACGAACAGGAUCUCAUCAUUACGCAUGUGGAUGAUCUCUUCGUCAGUAUGCU